ACCCGCGCGUUGCCCGCGACGGCUCUGCUGGAAUCUGUCAUGCCGAUCUCGGUCGUGCUGCUGGAGUCCGUCGCGCUGCUCAUGGAGGUGCUGCCUGCGUCCGGCGUGCCGCUCGCGAUCCUGCUGCUGGAGACCGUCGUGCGAUUCGCGGCGGUGCUGCAGGGGCCGCCCAUGCUGCUCGCAUCCGCGCCGCUGCAGUCCGUCGCACUGCGCGCGAUGGCGCGGCAUGAGUCCGUCGCGCCGCUCGCAAGAGCGCUGCUGGAGUACGUCCUGAUGCUAGCGGUCGUGCGGCUGGAGUUCGUUGCGCUGCUCACGGCGUGGCCAUCGGAACCUGGGGGAAUUGUGCUGCUCAUGAUGGUCCUGCUUGGGACUGUCGUGUUGCUCGCGGUCGUGCUGUUGAGUUCCGCCGUGCUGCUCGCGAUGCUCGUGCUGGGGGCCGUCGUGCUGCUCCCCGUGGUCCUGAUGGAUUUCGCCGUGCUGCUCGUGGUGGUGCUGCUGGAGGCCAUCGCGUGGCCACCGCGUGGCCAUCGUGCCGCUGGAGUCCGUCGUGCUGCUUUCGAUAUCCUGCUGAAGUCCGCCAGGCUGCUGAUGUCGGUGCUGCUGGUCGCGAUGUUGCUGCUGGAGUCCGUCAUGUUGCUCACCGUCGCGCUGCCAGAGUCCGACGUGGCGCUCGCGAUGGUGCCGCUGGAGUCCGACAUGCUGCUCGCGGUCGCGCUGCAGGAGACUGUCGCGUCGCUCGCGAUUGCGCUGCCGAGGUCCAUCGUGCUGCUCGCGGUCGCGCUGUCAGAGCCCGUCGCGCUGAUCGUGGUGUUCUUACUUGGGUCCGUCAUGCUGCUCGCGAUCGUGCUGCUGAAAUCCGUCGCGUUGCUCGCGAUGUCCGUCAUGCUGCUGGCAAUGGUUUGGUUGGAGUCCGCCGUGCUGUGCACGGUCGUGCAGCUGGAGUCCGUCCUGCUGCACAUGAAGGUUCUGCUGGUACCCGCUAUGCCGAUCACGGCCUUGCCGUUGGAGUCCGCCGUGUUGCCCGCGAUGGUCUUGCUAGAAUAUGUCAUCGUGCUCGCGGUCGUGCUGCUGGGGUUCUUCGCGCUGCUCACGAUGGCACUGCUGGGAUCUGUCAUUAUGCGGGCGACUGUGCUGCAGACCGCCGCGCUGCUCACAAUGAUGCUGCUGGAGUCUGUCAUCCUGCCCGUUGCCGCGCUGCUGCAAUCCGUCGUGCUGCUCGUGGUUGAGUUGCUGGAGUCCGUCCUGCUGCCCAAGACGGUGCUGCUAGAGUCUGUCCUGUUCAUUGUCGUGCUGCUGGAGACCGUCGCGUUCCCGAUGGCGCUGCUGGAGUCCGUCGUGCGGCUCGUGGUCGUGUCGCUGAAGUCUUUCGCGGCGCUCGCGAUGGCGCUGCUGGGGCCCGAUUUGCUGCCCGCUGUCGCGCUGCCGGAGUCUGUUGCGUUGCUCGCGCUCGCGUUGCUGGAGUCUGUCGCGUUGCUCGCGCCCGCGUUGCUGGAGUCUGUCGCGUUGCUCGCGGCCGUGCUGCUGGAGGCCGGCGCGCUGCUCGCAGUGCUGCU